AUGAUUCUGCUCCCCCAGUCCGGGAUAUCCGCCGAGACGGUGGGGUCCGAGAUCGGGACAACGCCAGACACCAAGCCCGAGCCCCGGCUUGAUGCCAUCGGCGUCUGGUGGAUUACGUUUGGCGCCGUCUGGACCGUCCUGCUGCUCGGCGGCAUGACGUUCCUCUACACGAAGCGCAACACACCGACCCUCCGGCUGCGCGGACUCUCGUUGACCUUUGCCAGCAUCAUCCUGCUUCAUCUCUACUGGAUUACAGUCCAGAUCGGCUACUCGGUCGGCCCUCUCGCCCCCGAGGUGGCUGAGUUUUGGAUCAUGAGCAUCUGGUAUCCCUUUGGCAUCGCCCUCUUCCAGGCCGGCAACAGCCAGUUCCUCCACGUCGCCAGGGCCCAGAGCCGCUUCGCCCGGCCCCUAAGCCAGAUGGAGACGCAGUACGAUGAGAAGCAGCUGCUCCAGAAGGCCAUCUGGCUUCCGCGCCUGCUCCUGAAAGACUACACCAAGCGUAUGUUUGUCUUUGUCACGUUGGGCAUGGCUGUGCAACUGUUUGUGGUAGUCAUCAUCUACAUGAUCUCACGCAAGUUCCACCCCGAUUUCGGCAUCCCCGGCACCGAGGUGGCGGGCAGCUUGCCCAUGGAGAUUGCCAUGAAGCAAGGCAGGGGCUGGGAGUGGUGGCCGUCCAUCGUUUGGCAGUUUGUUUGGGCCUGGAUCAUUGCACCCAUUAUCCUUUGGCGCUGUCGCGGGAUCCAUGACACCCACGGGUGGCAGCAUCAGACCAUUGCUUGCUGCGUUGCUGGACUUCCGGCAGCCCCCAUGUGGCUCAUUGCGCUCUACGUACCCGGUAUGGCACCCGUAAACCGCUACUUCCUGCCGCCGCAAUGGACCGCCCUGCCCAUCUUCGUCAUUGAAAUCUACACCGUCUUCGUGCCCUGCUGGCAGGUCCGCAAGCACCAGAACCUCCGCCAGAAGACACUCGAGUCCAUUGCCAAUUGUCAAUCCAAGACGCUGAUUGGGUCCAAGACGGAGACGUCUAAUGACCAGAGCUCGGCGCCACCCCUGAGCCCGACCUCUACCAAGGUCGGCGAGUAUACACGCUUCGACUCGUGGAAGAAGCUGCCCAGCCUCGAGGCCAACAACAGCCAGCCCAACCUAAGCGGCAUCCCCGACGAGAGCGUGCUCACCAUGGCGGCCCUGGAGCACGUGCUGGACAAGAAUCCGGAGCCGCUGCGCCAGUUCUCGGCCCGCCGCGACUUCUCAGGCGAGAACAUUGGUUUCCUGACGGCCGUGGCUGAGUGGAAGGCCACCUUCCCGCCAGACUUACUCCGCAGCCGUGACAUGACGGCCGUCCCAGACACAGUUCUUCGCAUGCAAUUCACGCACGCCUUGCGCAUCUACACCGAGUUCAUCUCGCCCCGCGACGCCGAGUUCCCCAUCAACAUCGCCGGGACCGACCUGCGCAAGCUGCAGGGCAUCUUUGAGCGCGCGGCUCGGGCGUCCGUCACUCCGGCGGCGUCCAUGUUGGCCCCAAUCGACGCCGUCACCUCCUUCGUCGACAUCAGCCCCCUUCCUCAAGCCGCCACAGCAACCAGUGGAACCCUAACCUCCGCAAAACGCAGCUCGCGCGACUCCGCCUCGGAACUGGCCAUCCUCCAACCCCAAGCCAGAACCAAACCGGCGGCACUUUCUCCAGGUUCAAGGUAUUAUUACCCGCUCUAUCAAGCCGGCAUCCCGCCGGCCUUUGACUCAAGCGUUUUCGACGCGGCACAGGCAAGUAUCAAGUACCUUGUCCUGACGAAUACGUGGCCCAAGUAUGUGCGGGAACGGCGCAGCUUGGAGAGCUCCUCCUCCUCCUCCAACGGUGGCGGCAAUAGUAGUAGUAGCAGCUUUGGCGGAAGUACUACUAACAUGAAGGGGGGGGGGUCCACCACUCUGAGGAGGAGUGGUGGCCCGGGUGGUGAGGUUGCGGAGGGCACGGCGGUCGGUAGGAGGAGCGUACGAAGUAAGAUCAUUUUGAGGAGGGUUCUGGGGUUCGCGUACUAG